ACCGAAAUAGGCCGCUGCAUUGAUUUUUACGCCGAGUUGUUCAAGAAAAAUUGCAAGCAAGAAUGGCCUGAGGUACUCCAGCACGCAGAAACGUUCGAAAGGACUGCAAAGGAGAAGUGGCCAGCGUACCAUGAGGAGAUGCGAGGAAUAGCGGACGGGUCAGGACGGCAUCUCCUUGACAUCGUAGCAAUCAAUGUACGGACUGAGAUCAAUUUCGGCAUGUUCAGUGACGGGUGCACGGCGUUAUCAUGGCAAACGGAGAAGAGAGCAUACCUUGCUCAGAACUGGGACGUGAGUAGAAGCCGGACCACAUCCUGAGUAUAGCACCUUACGCCCGUGUAGUGGAUGGACGCACAAAAACAGAAUCUCAUCAUUACCAAGAUCACGCAAGCCGGCAAGCCAACCAUCGUCCAGGUGACCGAGGCAGGUAUUAUUGGCAAGAUCGGAUUCAACAGCUCCGGUGUCGGUACCCUUCUCAAUGCGAUAAAAGUCCACGGCGUAGACGCUUCGCGCAUGCCCGUGCACUUCGGCUUACGCGCUGCACUGGAGAGUAACACCGCGCGGGAGGCGGUGCAAAAGCUCGAAAGCUACGGCAUGGCUGCCUCGGCGCACAUUCUCAUCUCCGAUAGUUCAGAAGCCCUCGGUCUUGAAUUCACAAAGUCGACGUUCGCGCACUGCAAGGCGGACGGUAAGGGCCGCAUUGCUCAUGCGAAUCAUCUCCUACUGGAGCACCCUGGGGAGGUUGAUACAGUGUGGUUGAAGGACUCGCCGGUGCGCGUGAAGACGAUGACGAAUAACACCGAAAAACUGAGCACCGAGCCUAGCUGGGAAGAUAUUAGCCGGCUGUUCGAGGACGAGCAUGGGUUUCCGCAUUCGAUAUGCCGUCAAGGUCAAGACGGCGGCAGCACGACUUUGUUUAAUAUCGUGAUAGAUUUGAAGGCGAAGAAGGGCGUGGUUAGGCUAGGGAGGCCAACACAGGCCGAAGAGACUGUUUCGCUAGAGCUGUAGGCUCGACUUUGAGUACAGUACCGAACGACCCAUGUAAUGUUGGUUGGUCUGGAUCAUAAUCCGAAUAGUGCUUAGAUACAUGCAUUGCGACGGUUCAAGCUCGCAUAAUGCACCAACUGAUUGACUAGGAGGCAAGCCGAUUGUAGCCACACACGACACCGAGGUCGAAAGGCUUCAGCGCACUCUCCCACACACUUGCAGCGUCACUUGAUCACGUAUGCAUCAUGAAAGAUAUUUCAAUUGAUGGUG